GGCAAAGGUGGCAAGGGUCUCGGCAAGGGUGGUGCCAAGCGUCAUCGCAAGAUCUUGCGUGACAACAUCCAGGGCAUAACCAAGCCGGCUAUUCGCCGUCUCGCUCGUCGUGGUGGUGUGAAACGUAUUUCUGCCAUGAUCUACGAGGAGACUCGCGGAGUCCUCAAGACUUUCCUUGAGGGCGUCAUUCGGGAUGCCGUCACGUACACUGAGCACGCUAAGCGCAAAACCGUCACGUCUCUUGAUGUUGUGUACGCUCUAAAGCGACAAGGUCGUACUUUGUAUGGAUUCGGUGGUUAA